UUCGCUUCGCUCAAUGGAUGUUUAGUUUUGAAUAUUUCUGAGACAUUGUAAAACUGUGCUAGUAGUAUGAUAUGUUUACAAUUUUACUUUUAAGUUUUUUUAACUUUAGAGAACGCAGUCGCAUCAUUUGUAAACAUGUGAUAAACAAAUAGGAGAAAAAUGAGUUCGAUCCACUUAGCAUGUAUUCUUUUGCUGUGUUGUUCCAAAGUUUUUACGGUUAUUGCCAUCGAUAAAGAUGACCUGUGUAACGCAACCUCGCCAGCUCGCGUUGAAUACGAAUUUAACACAGAAGUAGUGAUCAGUGAACACAUCAUAACUUUCAAGGGAUAUUUUCCAAGAUCCACCAGAGAAAACUACGUGAAUGCUGCAUUGAAAAAUGCUGGGGUAUCAAAUUGGACAAUUAUACAACGGAACAACCCAGCAAAAGAGUACCCAAGUGACUUUGAUGUGAUAGCAUUUGGAGAUGGCAGUGGGGAUGGUGUUGCAGCUCUUCGCGACCAUCCCGCAGUACGCCGCGUUACGGUGCAACGCCAGGUCCAGCGCACUAUCAAAUACAUGCGCGAGGAUGAUUGUGGACCGGGAGGGUGCAUGUAUUCCGGGUGGAGGAACCACAGACAUCCAUCCCGUACGCUGCAUUCUCUUAGACAACCACGAGAGAACAGUGGUUAUACAUCCAGAAAGCUAUUGAGGACAGUUCCGCGGCAGAUAACCUCUGUGUUGAAAGCUGAUCUUCUGUGGUCUCUAGGCGUGACAGGUGAAGGUAUCAAAGUGGCAGUGUUCGAUACUGGGCUGGCGCGUCACCACCCACACUUUGGUCGAGUGCGGGAACGAACAGAUUGGACUGGCGAAAAUACUCUAGACGACGCAUUGGGUCAUGGCACCUUCGUGGCCGGCGUCAUCGCAUCCCGCGCUGAUUGCCUCGGCUUUGCACCAGACUCCGAUUUACAUAUCUUUCGAGUCUUUACUGACAAUCAAGUUUCGUACACUUCAUGGUUUCUUGACGCUUUCAACUAUGCUAUAAUGAGAAAAAUUGAUGUUCUGAAUUUGAGUAUUGGUGGACCAGAUUUUAUGGAUCACCCUUUUGUUGAUAAAGUUUGGGAACUCAGUGCAAACAAGGUGAUAAUGGUGUCAGCGAUAGGCAACGACGGGCCCCUGUACGGUACUCUCAACAACCCGGCGGAUCAAAUGGACGUGAUUGGAGUGGGCGGGAUUGGCUUCGACGACCGCAUCGCCAAGUUUUCUUCCCGAGGCAUGACCACUUGGGAGUUGCCACAAGGCUAUGGCCGAAUGAAGCCUGAUAUUGUAACGUAUGGAAGCGGCGUCCGUGGCUCCAGUGUUACCGGUGGAUGCAGAUCUCUUAGCGGGACAUCAGUAGCAUCGCCUGUAGUGGCCGGCGCGAUCGCGUUGCUGGCCAGCGGCGUGCCGCGUCAGAACUUGACACCUGCCUCCGUGAAGCAGGCCCUCUGCAUCACUGCCAGGCGCCUGGCCGGCCCGAACAUGUUUGAACAGGGCCACGGAAAGCUCGACCUUAUUAGCGCUUAUCAGUUUCUCCGUGAGUACGAGCCUCAAGCCAGUCUCAGCCCGCCUUACAUAGACCUGACUGAAUGCCAGUACAUGUGGCCGUACUGCACCCAGCCGCUGUAUUACAGCGCUCAGCCCACCAUCGCGAACGUUACGGUCAUUAACGGCCUUGGCGUGGCGGGUGAAGUGAAAAAAGUAAGCUGGCAUCCGCAUCUUCCGCACGGGGUGAUAAUGUCUGUAUCGGCAGAUUAUAGCCAGAUACUCUGGCCGUGGUCUGGUUGGCUCGCUCUAAGCUUCACCGUCCUUGAGACUGGUGUUAACUUUGACGGAAUUGUUGAGGGACACGUGAACGUGACCAUCGAAAGUUAUGAAGAAGUGCACGAGCGCGCUUUGAAAAACACAACUCUCAUGUUGCCGAUAAGGGCACGAAUCAUCCCAGUCCCAGUUCGCGGCAGGCGUCUGCUCUGGGACCAGUUCCACAGCCUGCGCUACCCCGGCGGCUACUUCCCGCGCGACGACCUGCGCGCCAAGCACGACCCUCUGGACUGGCACGCGGACCACGUGCACACCAACUUCCGAGACAUGUACCGCAGGCUGCGCGAACACGGCUUCUACCUCGAAGUCAUGGGAAGCCCUUUAACGUGCAUCGACACCUCGCUUUACGGGGCUCUACUCUUAGUGGAUCCAGAAGAUGAGUAUUUCCCUGAAGAAAUGGCAGCUUUUAAGAAAGCGAUCGACUCUGGACUAUCGCUCAUAGUGUUCGCAGACUGGUACAACGCGUCCUUGCUGCGUCACGUCAAAUUUUACGAUGAAAACACGAGACAGUGGUGGAUACCAGAAACGGGUGGGGCCAAUGUGCCAGCAUUAAAUGAUCUACUGAGUAUGUACCAGGUGGCGUUAGGGGACAGAGUUUUUGAAGGAUCCUUCAAACUGGCUGGCCAUCCUAUGUACUACGCAAGUGGUACCCACAUACACAGCUUUCCAGAACACGGCGUUUUGGUCACCGCUCAGCUGACUGAUCAAGGACAACAAAUAAUGUCCGGUGAGAAGGCAAAUGAAGGAGCGGGCACGUCCGGUGGCAGUCACACUGUCGACGUGCCCAUUCUAGGCCUGCUACAAACCGAGGGAGAAACGCGGGACUACACGAAUGACACUAGUGACAAACUGCCUAAGGCGGGGCGGUUGGUCGUGUACGGCGACUCGUCGUGCCUGGAAGGCGGUGCGGCGCGGCCCUGCCACUGGCUGCUGCUGGCCGCGCUGCAGUACGCGCUGGUGGGCCACGUGCCCUCCGCGCUGCGCGAAGCCGCCGCCACCAGCCGCCGUCGCGACGUACACAUCAUCCCCUCGGAUUUGCCGAAACGCGCGGAAGGCGGGCGCUUACAUGCAUACUCGAGAGUUCUUUCACCGGACGGUAGUGGGCCGCGACCUAUCCCGGAGUGUGUCAAACUCGUCUCCCUCGAGCCAAACCCUGUCCACGCGCCGCCUUCCUCCAGAACCCUGGCUCCUCGGCAUCAACCCACAGACCCUAAGAGCAUAGGUGCUCCUGAUAUAGAAGGCACGGAAGCGGCCCCCCGGGCGUGGCGGGGUGCCGGUGCAGCGCCGUCCCGGUCACACCCCGACACGGAACCGGCCCCGCCCACCUUCGCCAGCAAGCUCUUUAUGCUUUGCGCCAUCGUUCUCAUUGUCUACUGCCUCACGGCGUUCUGGAGGCGAUGCGGACGGAAAGUCCGAAGACGAAGACUGAUUUCAUUAGCUACCUAGCAUAAGCCCAUGUCACCUAGACGGGUGAAACGCGGUUAAAUGGGGCGCUCGAACAGUGGCGUGCUGCGUGCUGGUCGUACAGGCAUAAGAGCACUGCUUGCUCCAGUUGAAAUAGCUCAAUGCUCAUUUGUUAUGAUCUGCCAGUAAAUAGGUAACUAUCUAUACCUCGUACAAUCCUUCGCGGCUCGCUGGAUCAUAAACCGCGUCAGUGACGUCAGUUAUUAGUGUUGCGCAUUCCUUCAAAUGAGUAGAGUUGCCCAUAUUUGAAGCAUACAAAGGAUCAUUAAUAAUAAAGACACUACGCCCACCACAAAGCCCGUAAGUGUAAUGAAGCGCACAACAAACACUAUGUUCCCACGUUUUUUGACUCCGCAUGCCAGAAGCGAUCGGCAGGGUAUAACUGGUGUCUAACCUGUCUUUAAACUCUGCACGCCGCUGGCUCUAAGAGGCUAACGAACUUUGAAAAUACAAGGAUGAAGCCAAAAAGGCCAUCCAAUACCAUGAAAGAUUUAAGGCUUAGGGUAAAAUAAG